AUGGCGCGAACCAGAGGAGCUAAAUCUUCCUCUCCUUCAAGUCGCAAGAGAGUCCCGCGAGGGGAGCCCAUUCCAGAUCCCAUCUCUGAGCCUCCACGGCCAAAAGCAGUUUCUCCUUCGGUGAAGCCCGCGUCGCAGAAGCCUCCGGCGAGACGUUAUCUCACCAGGUCAGGGGGUCGGCCACUGCAAAAGAGAGCCAGGGUUGAAAGCUCAGAGCCCAUUGACUUGACGGAGCAGUCCCCAGAACCCUCGUCGGUUCCCUCGCCAGUUCCCUCACUAGUUCCAUCUCCGGUGCCAUCUCCGGCUCCGCCAGCAGAGCCUCAAGAGCCUCAGCCGCCACUUCCCGAGCCCCAAAUUCCAGCUGAAAUAGCUCCGAAAGAAAUAAUCAGGCGGUCGAUGCUGACUCAGCCUCCAAUUGAGGGGAAUUUGGACUGUAGAGCUCAGCCAUUCCACUCCGAGCUGUGCUUUGACAUAGCUACAUUCCAAUUGCGGCCGAAGCUUGCACAGUCAUUCCACCUGCUGCGAAGAUACCAUAUGGAGCACCUACUGACUCCAAGAGACUUUUUCUACCCCAGAGUAGCCAUGGAUUUUUAUCAGUCCAUUACUACCAAGCAGGUCAGGGAUCCAACUCUAAUUCAUUUUACCAUUGAUGGGAGGAAUGGCAUAUUGGGAGCUCGCCAUAUAGCUGAGGCCUUGCAAAUACCCUAUGAGCCGAGUCAUUUUGAUGAUUUUAGAAAGUGGACCAGUGCUACUGAGCUGGAAAUGCAUUGGACUCAAAGGAGAGGAGUGCUUCUAGAGGCCUUAUUCAAGAUUUCUGAGGGAUAUUUCUUCGGCCCUCACCAUCUGAUUAUGGCUGCCCUUCUCUAUUUCGAAGAGAAGUUGGAGCGCAAGCGCAUUUGCCGAGAGGUAUUUACUCUCGACAAAUGGAACAACAUGACAGCCUAUAGAGUUGACCAGCCAGAGCGCCCACAGCCAACUGCUAGGAAAGCAUCCCCACGACAUAUACCUGAGGGUAUAACUAUUGUUGCUCCUGCCAUUCCCAAAGCUCCACCAGUUACUCCAGCUUCAUCUCAGCCAUCCACUUUAGCUGAACCAAGGAUGGCCAUUCCCAUUUCUGAAUACAGAGAGUUAUGUCGUUCAUUGGAGACCCUCACAGCAUCUCAGAGCAGCCUUGCUCAUGAGAUGGCAGCCAUUCGAGCAUGCCAAGAGCAGAUGUUGGCCACCCAAGCUCAGCACACUGCCAUCUUAAGGCAGCUCCAGCAUCAUUGUGAUCUGCCACCAGCUACUGAGCCCUCCACCUCUACCACAGCUGUGCCACACUCUCAUCCCACAGAGCCUCAGGCCCCAUCUGGAGCAGCUACUGAAGAGGCCAGCAUCUCCAGUACCAGCACGACUAAGCAGGCACAACAGGAUGAGCUUCCUAUAGAGUCUGUACCACCUGCCCCUGCUGCACCAUCUAUGCCUGAGGCCACCUCUACUGAUCCUCCAGCUACACCUCCUGUUCCACCAGCUGCACCUCCUGUUCCACCAGCUGCACCUCCUACAUCGGAGGCCUCUAUCACCAUAUCUACCACAGAGUUUCGUGCCAUGCAGCAUCUAGGACUCUUGCCACCACCUCAGACUGAUAUUCCUGAACCAUCAGAGCCUAUAACUCCAGCUGAGGAGUCUAUUCCAGCUGAGGAGACCACCAGAGCCGAUGUCCCUGUCCAGGCCACUCACGAGGUAGCCAUAAAGCCAUCAUCUCCAUCAGAGAGCCCCGCUCCUUGA